ACUAAGAAUGGUUGUAGAAUAGAGUCUCUCAGCUCACAUUCAUGGACUCCCAUAGGCUUUGUUUACCUUGUGUAAGCAAUGGGGCAAGGAAGGGUUCGUCUCGAAAGUAAAUAGGAAUCUAUAUGGAACCAUAGAUGCAAAUAUUUGCCUGAAAAACCCUCCAGUUUUUCAUUGUAUUUCACAGCUUUACUCUAAAUUCAUCCUCCUUGCCUGUCGCCAGGGACAACACAUAACAGAACCGCAAAAAUGGGAGCAGGUUCAGUGUAAACCUCUUCUCCGGCCCCCAACAGAGGAACUGAAUGAGGCUCAUUCAUCACCAGACGAAUGGAGGCGUUUGGGGAGUGUGGAAAGGAAAUGAGCUCUAGAGAACCCAGCAGCCCGACCUACAACACAAUAACUGCAGCUCUCUGACCAAAAAUAUGUGCCCCCUCCUUCCAUACAUUGUGAGAAGGGGCGCUAAAGUCAAUGGGACAGCAAUGAGAGAUCCUGCUUUCUGCCGGAUGGUCCUUACGUGCAGCUCAGAACUGUGAAGUUUUGCAAAUUCCUUAAAUUUCUACCAGAUUUAGGGGGUCAUGUAUCAAUGUAGUUAUGUGUCUAAAUUCCGCUCUGCCAUGGCACCGCUUGUGCGCUCCAUGCGGAAAAUCAAGCGCUUGAGAAGGGGAAAAAAUCAAAUCUUCCAAGUCACAACAACAUCACAACUUCACCAUUAUGGAAACUCUACAAAGUUUUUUACCCUGGAAGAAAGAAAGACAUCCUUCUUGGAACAAGAUGUGUAGAUCCUGGAACGAGACGGUAAAUUUUAUAAAAUUCGGAAACAAUAUUUUGGACUACAAAGAGUGGAACCCAUGGGAGAAUCUGUGUAAAUCCUGGGAAGACUUUCUCUCUUCAAAAGAAAGGCUACCGAAAUCUGAAAGACAGAAUUCAGCUUUUUUUGACGAACUGUAUACCAUAGGAAAGCUGACCAGAGAUAAAUUAGAAGAAGCUAAAGUAGACCUGCAAAGGAAAACAGACGAGAACGCAACGUUGAGCAACCAGAAUUCCAUCUGGAGUCAAAGAUGUGAGAAGCUUCAAUAUCAACUGGACGUCGAAAAGCAGAGGAUGGCUGAAAAUGACCGUCUUCAUAGGAACAAUCUGGAGAGGCUGAAAUUGCAGAAGGAAAGAGAACUUCAGCAGGUCAAGGCCAAGAGUGAAGAACUGGAAGAAGAACUUCAGCAGGUCAAGGCCAAGAGUGAAGAACUGGAAGAAGAACUUUCGUCUCUCGAAAGUCAAGAUACUCUUAGGGAUGUCGUCGAUAGGCUUGGACAGGUCGGUAGCUGGAAUGUUUUUGACUGGUUGUGUAGCUGUGAGGAGGAAUUCAAGACUUGGAAUUGGAAUUUGAAAGAUUUUGAGAAGAUCCUACUCAGGUGUAUGGAUCCGAGCAGCUUCGCAUCACUACCUACCAUGGUAAAGAAAACACUUGAAAUGGAAUGGAUCGAUAGGUACAGAUUCAUAGCUCAAACGUUCAUUCCUGACCUGAAAAACUUGCUGUACAGAGAAAAGAUGAGGGAGGACGACACGGUGUUGCAAUAUUUUCAUCGCAUGUGGAUGAUAUACCGCGUUGCAAAGUACCCAGUCCAUGUAUCUAAGGAGGAUGUCCCCUACAAACACGCCAUCUGUAGAGGCCUGCUUCCUCAUUUGUACCAAGUGGGUGAACAACUGCGCGACGAGGACUACGAGGACAUCGAAAGCGCCGUGCGUGACGAAGAGUAUUCCUUGUCGGAAUCUGAAAAGAAGAGAAUGAUGGAACGGAAAGCCGGUCCGGGAUUUCCUUCACGCAUGAAGAUAUGGAAGAUGUUAAUGAGUUGUCCUGUUGAUUUUGAAGAAAUCGAUGAGGCCAGUUACUCUCACCUUCUAACGACUCUGAGCAGACACCGGGAUCUCGAAACGGGAGCCAAGAUAACUCGGAUAGAGUAUGAAACCGCAACGGUAACCCAGCCCUAUUAAUAACCAAAAACUAUGCAGCUUGUUAAUUCUGAUUGUUUAAUAUUUAGACAUGUCCGGAGAAGACAAUGGUGGGGAACAUUGAGUCAGGACCUCCACCAGUUCCCGAAUUAAAUCAACUGGUGCCAGAAAGUUAAACAGAUUAGUAAAUUACUUCUAUUAAAAAAAAUCUUAUUCC